GUCCUACACAUGCAGAAUUGUCUUUUCAUGAUCCGUUGUCUGUGCUGUCAAGAUCAGCUUCCUAUAAUUUUGAUCUGAUGAAGAUAAACUAUAAUCUAAUUGCUUUAGGGAAUCUUAUCAUGUAGAAAGCCUGAUAGGAAAGAGAUUUAAAAUGGAAAGACUUUCUGUGUUUUAGUUGCAAACUUAAAAGAACAUGUGAUAGCAACCCUUUGUGUUUCUCAAGGGAAGAAAGUAUUUCUGUAACUUUCUAAGCCUCUGGAUCCUGUAUUCAUAAUAUUUACGUUUUUUCUUUUAGUCGCUGGAAAGUACCCGUCGUAUGCUGCAACUGGUUGAAGAGAGUAAAGAUGCUGGUAUCAGGACUUUGGUUAUGUUGGAUGAACAAGGAGAACAACUCGAUCGUGUCGAAGAAGGCAUGAACCAUAUCAACCAAGACAUGAAGGAGGCCGAGAAAAAUUUAAAAGAUUUAGGGAAAUGCUGUGGCCUUUUCAUAUGUCCUUGUAACAAGCUUAAAUCAAGCGAUGCUUACAAAAAAGCCUGGGGCAAUAAUCAGGAUGGAGUGGUGGCCAGCCAGCCUGCUCGUGUGGUGGAUGAACGGGAGCAGAUGGCCAUCAGUGGCGGCUUCAUCCGCAGGGUAACAAAUGAUGCCCGAGAAAAUGAAAUGGAUGAAAACCUGGAGCAGGUGAGCGGCAUCAUUGGAAACCUCCGUCACAUGGCCCUGGAUAUGGGCAAUGAGAUCGAUACACAGAAUCGCCAGAUCGACAGGAUCAUGGAGAAGGCUGAUUCCAACAAAACCAGAAUUGAUGAAGCCAACCAGCGUGCAACGAAGAUGCUGGGGAGCGGUUAAAUGGGCCCACUUGAGUUCUCUUCUGAAUGCUGUCAAGCAAGAUAGCAACUUCAUGCUUUUCUCAUGGUAUUACAUAGUAGGUCUGCACACACACAUCAGCCCACCCUCAUCAAGAAUGUUGUCCUGUGUUGUCUCUCAUGUCCCAACAAUACUGUGUGUCUUUUGUUCUUUCUGGGUCUCUUUCUUUCCAAAGGUUGUAUAUAGUGGUCAUUUGGUGGCUCUACUCCCUACGUAAGAUGUCUUUGGGUUUAUUUUUCCUUUUCUCCCCUUGUUGGCAUUUGCUGAAUGACAACAAUUUAGGAAUGCUCAAUGUGCUGUUGAUUCUUUCGAUAUACAGUAUUGUUCUUGUAAAACUAUGACAUUCCACAGAGCUACUGCCACGGUCCUUUUUUUGAGUGUCAGGCUCUGAAACUCUAAAUUUGCUGUCCUUGGUUUCUCAUGGCUGUCAUCUGUCUCUACGAUUUCAUGAUCAGACAAUGUGGAAUUACAUAACAGGCACUGCACUCAAAGUGAUGUGAUUUAUGCAUUUAUGCAUGAGAACUAAAUAGAUUUUUAGAUUCCUACUUACACGAAAACUUUCCAUGACAGCUCACUGAUGAGACAACACAAUCACACAACCAACAACAACAGCAAAACAACAACCAAGCAUGCUCAGUAUUGAGACACUGUCAAGAUUAAGUUAUACCAGGAAAUUACAGUAGUGUCACUUUCCUUUCUGUUAAUAUAUAGACUUAUUAAUCAUAAUCAUCCUUUUUUAAAAAAAUGAAUUUAAAAAAAAAGAUGGAUUCGACAGACUCGCCAUUAAAUCACUUCCAGCAAAAUAUACCUUUGGCUGAAACGAUGUCAAAUAGAUGUAAUAUAGGGUUUGUGUGUUGCUUUUGAAGGCUAUGUUUUGGACAAGGCCAUCUUGCUGUGAAACAGUGUGGAGAUGUAAAUUUUAUAAGGCUGACUCUUAUUAAUUGCCAUUUCCCCUGUGGUUGGUUAUCAGUACAAUUCUCUGUUGCUUAAUCUAGAGCUAUGCACACCAAAUUGCUGAGAUGUUUAGUAGCUGAUAAAGAAACCUUUAAAAAAUAAUAUAAAUGAAUGAAAUAUAGAUAAACUGUGAGAUAAAUAUCAUUACAGCAUGUAAUAUUAAAUUCCUCCUGUCUCCUCUGUCAGUUUGUGAAGUGAUUGACAUUUUGUAGCUAGUUUAAAAUGAUUAAAAAUUAUAAACUCCA